CGAGUGAGCUGCACAAACCAGUUUCCCUCCAGAAAGAGAAGAGACAACUUGUGUCGCGAGAAUAGGAGCUCUUUUGUAACCAAGCUAGCAACAUUUAGACCUAAAAACACUAAAGUUGACGGGAAAACGUCUCAGUAAAUAUUUUCUUAGUUCUACUUGAACCAAACACAGAUUCCAUCAUGUUUGAGGCUCGCUUGGUACAGGGAUCCAUCCUGAAGAAAGUUUUGGAGGCUCUGAAGGACCUGAUCACAGAGGCCUGUUGGGACGUGAGCUCGUCGGGUAUUUCUCUCCAGAGUAUGGAUUCGUCCCACGUCUCCCUAGUUCAGCUUACCCUCCGCAGCGACGGGUUCGACUCUUACCGCUGCGACCGCAACCUCGCCAUGGGAGUCAAUCUUAGCAGUAUGUCAAAGAUCUUGAAGUGUGCGGGGAAUGAGGACAUCAUCACUCUCAGAGCAGAAGACAACGCAGACACACUCGCCCUUGUCUUUGAGACUCUCAACCAGGAAAAGGUGUCCGACUAUGAGAUGAAGCUGAUGGAUCUUGAUGUAGAACAGUUGGGAAUCCCAGAGCAGGAGUACAGCUGUGUGGUGAAGAUGCCAUCAGGGGAGUUUGCUCGUAUCUGCCGUGACCUUUCUCAGAUUGGUGACGCCGUUAUGAUCUCUUGUGCAAAGGAUGGCGUUAAGUUUUCUGCCACGGGAGAGCUGGGCACCGGCAACGUCAAGUUGUCCCAGACCAGCAAUGUGGACAAGGAGGAGGAAGCUGUGACUAUUGAGAUGAACGAACCAGUCCAGCUGAUCUUCGCACUGAACUACCUUAACUUUUUCACCAAGGCCACACCCCUCUCCAAGACCGUCAUCCUCAGCAUGUCUGCAGACAUCCCCCUCGUGGUGGAGUACAAGAUAGCUGACAUGGGCCACAUUAAGUACUACCUGGCACCCAAGAUCGAUGAGGAGGCAUCCUAAACCUCCCUGGUCAAAAGUCCAAUGGAAAAACAGGGGGUUGGUUCCUACUUCCUGUGGAUGGGGAGGAGGAACUUCCUGUUGUGAGAGAGGGAAAGGGAUGGCAUCGUUGUUGGGUUUUGGUUUUAUCUGUAUUCUACAUUUCUGUGUGGUGACUGUUUGGCUAGCUCUUCCAGCAUCCAUGAGAGGGUAUGGUAAUAUGGGUCUAAAUACAGGUUGAUGUAUCUUUCACUGAUAUCAGCUUGAUAUAUCAGUUUGAUUAAUGCAUCUGAAUUGAGAUGGCUAGACAACGGUGAAAGGGUUCUACUAAUGGAUCCCCCUGUCUUUUCUAUAAUCAGUGUUCUUAUUCAAGCUCAUUUGUUAACCUGUGACCUAUCCAGCCCCUGAGGAAGAUCAACAGACUUGUCCACUCAUCCCUCUUUCUCACUCUCCCUGUCAUCUGUUUGCAAAACAAAUUCUCAUUCCGAUUUGUAGAUAUGUCUGUAAAUAUUUUCUGUUGUCAUGUUAACCACCCCAAUUUUGUAUUCAUGAACUCAAUGUCCCAAUAAAUAAUUUGAUUGUAAUUUAUGUAGUAUGCAUGUUUUAUUUGCAACCACAAGGUGGUGCCCAUAACCAUACAACUAUCUGAACUGACUGCGCAGUUUAAUUUGGGGGCUGGAUUCCUGGACACAGAUUCAAAUUCAUUUUGGACUAAGAAGCACUUGCAAUGGGAAAUCCUUUGCAUGUCAGUUUUAUUACAGGAUUGGCUUAAUUUGUGUCCCUGAGAACUGGAUUU